AUGCUUCCGGUGUCACAAUUAAAAAUGCUAGUGUACGUCUCGUUAUUUCUGGUUGUGCUUUCCACGGCCAAGUUGUGCCACGGUGCUGCCGCCGAUGCGUCCGCCCGUGGGCAACAAACUCCAACAGAACUGGAUGGUUCCAGCGAUGCGAUGCGCCACAAGCGAGGACCCACAGUAGGCUUGUUUGCAUUUCCACGAGUCGGGCGAUCCGAUCCGGAGCUGGUGGACUGGGGCGAAGCUGCACUUCCGGUCGAGCUGGCCGAUGAUUAUGGGGACUAUUCGAUUCGAGAAUACAAACGACAAGGGCUGGUACCGUUUCCACGGGUGGGUCGUUCGGGACCGAGCUUGGCUCGCUUCUGGCCCAAGUCGAUGCAGCAGAAACGUGCCGGAAACUCCGGCGCCAGCAGCGGUAUGUGGUUCGGUCCUCGGCUGGGUAAACGUGCCAACGCGGCUGCCAGCGAGAUCAAAGGCAAUGAAGUCUACACACCACGUCUUGGUCGCUCCUACUUUAGCAGACUGGUGAACUAUGAACGACAAUUCCAGUCAUCGCUCCCUAUACCACUAUGUUACUUCCGGUUAAACCCACCACAGACUAAAUUGUCCGCUGAAAUUCCACUACCUAGCGAUGCAAUAACGAUAACUCGAAAGGCUGGGGAAAGCUUGUUUGGAACGGGUAGCGAAGCAUUCCUGAUAAACAAGCUUUCCGAAAUUUAG